GGGCGCGGAACGGAGCGGCCGCCGAUGUGCGGGGGGCUUCUCUCCCCGCGCCCCCGAYCCCCGUCCCUGGCCGCUCGCCCCCGGGCGGGGCUGCUGCGGGGAGCCGGGUGGGAAUCUCUGCUGACCCCUGCGAGGGGUGUCACAGCCGUCCCCUCCGCCUCGGUGCCCCCCACCAAAGCCCGGCGCUGCCCCGCGAAGGCGCGGAGGAAAACCCGUUCCCCGGGCGCGGGCAGGGCCGGCGCUGCUGUCGGCUCCCCGUCACGGCUGCGGGAGCGCGGCGGUCCCGUUAUUUCCCCUCCCGGCUCCCCUCGGCCGCCGCCCCGGUCCCCCUCCCCCCCGUCCCCGCCUCUGACAGUUCCCCGUCCCUCCUGCCCCACGGAAAACACACACGGUCCCCGGCACCCGCCCCGGCUACCCGGCCCAUUCAAACAAACAAACAGAAACCCGCCCCGUCGCAAAGCCAACCCGACGGGGGGAAAAAUUAGCAGGAGGAGAUCAGAGAAGAUAAGCGAGGAGCAAGCAGCUUCCCCGAGACCUUUCACUGCGGAUCCGAGAGGGAACAUCAGACGCGUAAAAAAAAAAAAAAAAAAAAAAAAAAAAAAAAAAAAAAAAAAAAAAAAAAAAAAAAAAAAAAAAAGAAAAAAAAAACCAAAACCCAAAAAAACAAACAAAACAAAAAAACCCAAACAAAACAAAACACAGCGUUCAAGCCAGCACAAGGCGAGCGAAAGAUCAAAAAGACGCAGAGAGGGAGACAGAUUAACUGGAGCAGCAGCAGCAGCAACAACAACAAAAAUCACACUUAAAAUAAUAAUAACAAUAAUAAUAAUAAAACCCAAACCACCAACAAGGGAGAUAUUGUUUAAAAGAGCAAGCGAGGGAGCAAGCCGAAGAGCUGGUCUGACCGAGUGGAUCCGUGCAGCUUCUCCUGGGAUCGCCGGGAUCGCGCCGCUUCCCCGCUCCGCGCCGCGCAGCGUGCGGUGCCCUGCCCGCGGCGGGGGUCCCCGGGCGCCGCCACCGCAUCUGCGUCGGACUCCGGACCCUCCGCGCUGCUUUGAAAAUAAAAGCAUCUCUCUAAUAAUAAGAGGGGCGGUGGGGGGAGAAGACUCGCAACAGUGGAGCUGCCAGCCGCGCACCCCCUGCCCGCCGCCCCCGGCUCCCUCCCCAGCUAUGCUCCGGGUCAACUUUGACGGCACGUUGAGAAGCAGCGGGCGCUGA